UCCGCGGGUCUCGCCGGGAUCUUCAGCGGGCAGCGGCUCAGCGCCCAGGCGGCUCCGGGCCUCGAAGGACACGGUUGGGGUACUCAGGGCGCAGAGAGCGGAGGUCGCUCUAGGUCCCAGCCGCCUGCUAGGCGUCUUCUGUAGCUCAGAAGUGGCGAAGACUCGGCUGCUGCUGAGUGCGGGAACGAGCCAGGCCCCAAGGAAUGGGGAUGGUGGCGGGGGUUCUCUGAGGUGACGGGCCACGGCUGAGAGCCGGUGGCUUCAACCUUAGAGCCCGUGCCCUGCCACAACGUAAUUGCCUCGCCCUGGGAAGGGGAGAGCGGGGCGUCGGCCUAGGAGGCGGGGAGGGCGCCUUGCCCGGGUGCGUGCGGAUGCGGAGUACGCGGCCCAGCCGCGGAGUUAGGGGAACCCUGGGCCUCUGCUUCUCCACAGCCAUCUCCAGGGACCUCUGGAGGCCGCCUGCAAAAUUUCCAACCCCCGGACCAAUCUGGCGGAAGGCCCAGCCAGGGUCAGAGGUCGUUGUGGGGAGAGACUCUCAACGCCCCCGUGCUACUGCGGGCUGCCAGGCUGGGGCCGAGUGGGUCCGGAGCUUCGAGAUAGGGUUCUUCAAUCCCACACCCAGCCGAAUCUGCCCCAGGGAAGGGGCCCGGGCCCGAGCCUCCCGCGCCCCUCCUCCCAGCCCCCAGGCCUGGCUGUGCUCCGGGGCUGGAUGGCGUGAAAGUUUCAGCCUCAAUCAGUACAAUCUUCCCUCGGGGUCACGUGAACAAAUAUGCUCGCAUUUGAAGGCAGCGUCUGUAUUUCCCGACUAUGAAGGGGUUUCCGGGGCUCUCUCCAAAUCCAGAAAGGACCACGUUCCGCAAGCAAAACAAAUCCCGAGCUCUGGGGGGCCUGGGAGGGCUGGGCAGAAACCCAGGAGUGGGUGGGGGCGCGGGUGGCCGCCGCUCCGGGCCUGAGAGCGGACGGGCAGGCGGGUGGACCGACGGGCGCGCAGCACAGGCGAAGCCAGCUCAGGGACUACGAACUCGUUCCUCCUGCGUUUAUUGGUAGUUGAACCUCAGCCUGGUUCCGUUCUACCGGGAAUUCCGUAUGCUCGGGUAUAUGGCCGCGUCUGCGAGCGCGCAAGACCAGGGUUGGGACAGUGUUGUCUGCAGACAAAGGGGGAAGGCUAGCUCUGCCCCCCACUGGCGCCCACUCUGAGGCCGAGGACACCAGGUUUAUGAUAAAUUGGGAUCCAGGUAAGCAAUUGCAUGACAAAAUGGAAAUCUUUGGGCACGGGGCGGCUUGCUACCCUGAGUGGGAUACUAAAUAUGAUUUAUUUUGUGUAAUCUCUGAUCUUGAUUAUUGCCAAUUGGUGAGGCAGCCCGCGUAGACCUAGAUACACUUCUACAUAUACAUCGAGCAUGGUGAUUAAUCGUAACGAGGCGCUCUUUGUGGGGACGUUCCCCGCCUACCAAAAGAUCUGCCUCCACAGAAUAUCAAAAGAAACCAGAAGAGCCUACAAAAAGAGACAAAAUUCAAGAAAACACACACAUACAUAAUUGUGCAGGUGACCUGGAGCCUGGGGGCUGGCCCAGCUCUCUCAGGAUUCUGAAGACAUUGGAGGUGGCAGUGAAGGAGACAGUGGUAGUCAAUGUUAUUUGAGCAGGGUCAGCAGGCCCUGGAGCUUCCUGAGUGCACAAUGCAGAAGGCUGCUUACUAUGAAAACCCAGGACUAUUCGGAGGCUAUGGCUACAGCAAAGCCACUGACACUUAUGGCUACAGCAACCCUCAUCAGCCCUACCCACCCCCUGCUGCUGCCAACACCCUGGACACUGAUUACCCAGGUUCUGCCUGCUCCAUCCAGAGCUCUGCACCUCUUCGAGCCCAAGCCCACAAGGGAGCUGAACUCAAUGGUAGCUGCAUGCGGCCUGGCACUGGGAACAGCCAGGGUGGGAGUGGUGGCAGCCAGCCUCCUGGUCUGAACUCAGAGCAACAGCCACCACAACCCCCUCCUCCACCAUCGACCCUGCCCCCAUCUUCACCCACCAAUCCUGGAGGUGGAGUGCCUGCCAAGAAGCCCAAAGGGGGACCCAAUGCUUCUAGCUCCUCAGCCACCAUCAGCAAGCAGAUCUUCCCCUGGAUGAAAGAGUCCCGACAGAACUCCAAGCAAAAGAACAGCUGUGCCACUGCAGGAGAAAGCUGCGAGGACAAGAGCCCGCCGGGCCCAGCAUCCAAGCGGGUACGCACCGCGUACACCAGUGCGCAGCUGGUGGAGUUGGAGAAAGAAUUCCACUUCAACCGCUACUUGUGCCGGCCGCGCCGUGUGGAGAUGGCCAACCUGCUGAAUCUCACCGAACGCCAGAUCAAGAUCUGGUUCCAGAACCGGCGCAUGAAGUACAAGAAGGACCAGAAGGCCAAGGGCAUCCUGCACUCGCCGGCUGGCCAGUCCCCUGAGCGCAGCCCUCCGCUCGGCGGCGCCGCUGGCCACGUGGCCUACUCGGGCCAGCUGCCGCCCGUGCCCGGCCUGGCCUACGACGCGCCCUCGCCGCCCGCUUUCGCCAAAUCGCAGCCCAAUAUGUACGGCCUGGCCGCCUACACGGCGCCGCUCAGCAGCUGCCUGCCACAGCAGAAGCGCUACGCGGCGCCGGAGUUCGAGCCCCACCCCAUGGCGAGCAACGGCGGCGGCUUCGCCAGCGCCAACCUGCAGGGCAGUCCGGUGUACGUGGGCGGCAACUUCGUCGACUCCAUGGCGCCCGCGUCCGGGCCCGUCUUCAACCUGGGCCACCUCUCGCACCCGUCGUCGGCUAGCGUGGACUACAGUUGCGCCGCGCAGAUUCCUGGCAACCACCACCAUGGACCGUGCGACCCUCAUCCCACCUACACAGAUCUCUCGGCCCACCACUCGUCUCAGGGACGCCUGCCCGAGGCCCCCAAACUGACGCAUCUGUAGCGGCCUCCGCUGGCCCGAACUCGCGGCGCAAUUACCUCUUCUGCUUUGGUGGUGGGGGUGGCGGGCGGGGCCCGCGGGGCAGCUGGGGACCCCCUCCCCCGCUCUGGCCCUGCCGCUGCCUCCCGGGUCUCUGGCCUCCAGCGGCAGAGGCGCAGGCGACCAGGCCUCCCCUCCAUGCGCGUCCUCCUUUGGGUGACUCGCCAUAAAUCAGCCGCAAGGAUCCUCCCCUGUAACCCUGACAGUGCCACGUACUGAGGACCGAGGGACUCUAGUCUGGUAAUGGUGUCCCAAAGGUAAGUCUGAGACCCAUCGGUGGUGUGCCCAGCAGAAGGAUCAGAGCCCUGAGACCCCUGAGAGCCCUGGUCCUGGCCCGCGUCUAGCUUAGUUUCGGAGACCUUAAUUUAUAUGCUCCUUCCCGUCCCGUAAGGAUUGCAUCGGACUAAACUCUGUAUUUAUUUGAAGCGAAUCAUUUCGUUUCCCUGAUUAUUUAUCCUUGUCUGAAUGUAUUUAUGUGUAUAUUUGUAGAUUUCUCCAGCCGAGUUUAGGAACGCGCUCCUAGGCCUUGGGGCCACAUUUCACCUCUUUAGUCCCCUUGGUCUGAACUAGUUGAGAGAGUAGUUUUGAACAGUUGUAACCGUGGCUGGUGUUUGUAGUUGAUGUAAAGGAUUAAGACCGCAAAUUGUCCUUCAUGGGUAGAGAGUCAGGAAACCCGGUGGCGUUGCAACAAGACACAUUAGUCAGUUCUCAACAGCUAUAGCCCUUGCCACUAGACACAGUUUAUUGAUUUCAAAUUGUCUGGUACUAUUUGAACAAAUAUUUAGAAUAAAAAAAAUUCUCAGU